AGAGACGUCAAAGACCAAAAGCACAAAAGCAAUUAAGAAAAUUCAACCUCGAAGCCCUUUCAAACUUUUCCAACUAUGAUAAGGUUCAAACUCUGAAAAGCCUCUUCCAUUAUUUUCUCGAGAAAUAUUUCUGAUCCUCCCUCCUCCUCCUCAAAUCGAAUUCUAUGAUGAAAAGAUUACCAAAUCUUUUGGCUGUGGUAUUCUUCGUGCUAGUUCUGAUUUCGAUUCAAUCGAAGCCGUCGUUAGGCUCAUCCGACGAAGCCUACGUGACGCUGUUGUACGGAGAUGAGUUCCUGUUGGGGGUUAGGGUUCUCGGCAAGUCGAUUAGGGACACUGGAUCUAGGAAGGACAUGGUGGUUCUCAUCUCCGAUGGUGUUUCUGAAUUCGCUCAGAAGCUUCUCGAGGCUGAUGGGUGGUUAGUGGAGAAGAUUAGUUUAUUGGCGAAUCCUAAUCAAGUGCGUCCAAAGAGGUUUUGGGGUGUCUACACAAAGCUUAAAGUUUUUAACUUGACUAAGUACAAGAAAGUUGUAUACCUGGAUGCGGACACCAUUGUGGUAAAAAAUAUUGAGGAUCUUUUCAAAUGUGGAAAAUUUUGUGCUAAUUUGAAGCAUUCUGAGAGGCUGAAUUCUGGAGUCAUGGUAGUGGAACCAUCUGAAACUUUAUUCAGUGACAUGAUGAGCAAAGUGAAAACUACUUUUUCUUAUACUGGAGGAGACCAGGGUUUUCUGAACUCAUAUUACACUGGAUUUCCCAAUGCACAUGUUUUUGAGCCAAAUUUACCGAUAGAUUCUAGAUCAGUUCCUGAAAUGCAGCGGCUAUCUACUCUAUAUAAUGCAGAUGUUGGUCUUUACAUGCUCGCUAACAAGUGGAUGGUGGAUGAGAGUGAGCUCCGUGUUAUUCACUAUACACUUGGCCCCCUUAAACCUUGGGAUUGGUGGACAUCUUGGCUUCUGAAACCUGUUGAUGUCUGGCAGAAUGUUAGGGAACAGCUUGCGGAAUCCCUCCCUGGAACUGGUGGGGGCAGAAAUCCUAAUGAUGAUCUUCUUGUCAAAUUUCUUUUUCUACUUCCAUUUUGUGCUUUAGUCUUCUGUUACUAUCGGUCUUUUCUUCAGACACGGGAGCACUUUGGAUCAUUUUGUAGAAGUUCAUUAUGUGAUCAUAUCAGACACCUGUACUACAAAAUUAGAUCGAGUGGAUCACUGACUUAUAGUGGUGUUUCUACUUCAGCUACCAUUAAUUCCAACCAUCAGUUAUCUAAUGAUGCACAGUCCAAGGUGCCUAUUUAUUUGGGUGGAAUAUCUGCCGUCAUCUGUUUUAUGGCUGUUGCGGUGUCCCUUGUACUUGCUCUAGUAAUUGUGCCUCGGCAAGUGAAGCCAUGGACUGGCUUGCUCUUGAUGUAUGAGUGGACAUUCACAUUGUUCAUUCUAUUUUUUGGAGGUUAUCUGUAUCUGGUUUAUUUAUGGGGAAAGGCAGCGGCUUUGCAAGCAGGAUCUUUUUCCUCUAAUCCUGAAUCUUAUGAUGAUGAUUCUGGAAAAGGUCAUCAGCGGCAAGGAUUGUCUUGCGAUGUUGUGACAUGUUGUUAUGGGUUAGGGAUGGCAUUUUUGGCUGUUGCAGCCCCAUCUUUGCCAUGCGUUUUAGGGAUCACUGCUCUAUUUGCAAGGUUAGGUUUGAUGUUUGUGGGAGGACUUGUUUUGGCUUCUUUCAUGACUUAUGCUUCAGAGCACCUUGCAAUUAGAUCAUUUUUGAAAGGCCGCAAAGAUCGUGACACUACACGAAGUAGGAGCUUAUGUUUCUUUAGUUGAUUAUUGACUAAAAAAGAUGUAAACAAUUAGCAGUGUCUCCUAAUUGUAAUUUAUUUUACAUGUAUUGCCCAUCGCAUGAUUUGUAAAAUUCUGCUGAAAGUUUUGUCAAUUUAGAAUGCCUUUUUGUCCUA